AUGCUCUUCUUCUUAUCCUUCUACUUACUCGUUACUUCAACUUCCGAUCUCGUCCUCGCCGACCGUCGUGUCCUCCACGAGCCAUUCUUCCCGGUCGAUUCUCCACCGCCAUCACCUCCUCAAUCACCGCCGCUUCCUAAACUCCCUUUCUCUUCCACAACUCCUCCUUCAGACCCUACUGCAACUCCAUUCUUCCCUUUAUACCCUUCAUCUCCUCCGCCACCUUCUCCGGCGUCUUUCGCCUCCUUCCCGGCUAAUAUCUCCUCUCUCAUCGUCCCUCACGCUACUAAAUCGCCACCUAAUUCGCGGAAACUCCUUAUCGUCGCAAUCUCCGCCGUUACUUCCGCUGCUUUAGUCGCUGCUCUCAUUGCGGUGCUUUACUGGCGAAGAAGAAGAAGCCAUGAUCGUAACUUACCCGAUGAUAGCAAGACGUGGACAACCGACAGUAGCCGCCGAGUUUAUCCACCUCCUCCGGCGGCGGCGGCUCCUCCGGCACGGCGUAAUGCGGAGGCUAGAAAUAGUAAGCAGAGGACGACGACGACCUCUGCAAACACUAGCUCCUCUGAGUUUCUUUAUUUGGGAACGAUGGUGAAUCAGAGAGGAGUUGACGAUCAAUCAGGUAGCAAUCGAAGCGAUAAUGGUUCGAGCUCAAGGAAAUUGGAAUCUCCAGAUCUCCAGCCUCUUCCUCCUCUUCUGAAACGGAGUUUCCGACUAAAUCCAGAGGUUGGUUCGAUUGGAGAGGAUGAAGAAGAAGAGUUUUACUCUCCCCGAGGUUCAGCGAGCGGGCGCGAGACGUUAAGCCGUGCCGGAUCCGAGUCCCGGAGAGUUUUCGCGGCGGUUCCGGCUCAAAAUCCUAGAUCUGUGAACAAUGACACUAUCUCCUGCUCGUCUUCAAGCUCAGGCUCACCAGGGAGAUCGACCUUCAUCAGCAUUUCUCCGUCAAUGAGUCCGAAGAGAACCGAACCGAAACCUUCGGCAAUCUCAGCACCAGAGCCGCCGGUGAAGACUUCUCAAGGAAGCUCCGAAUCAUCUCCGGCGAAGAUCUCGCAGUUAACAGAUUUUCGAUACCCGCGGUCUCCAUCACUGUCCUUAGCUUCUUUAUCGCCGGGACUUUGCCCUGUGAUAAACGCCGAUGGAAUAUUAGGCCAAAUCUCGAGAUCUCCGACGGUUACAUCACUCACAACUUCACCAGACAGAUCAAUGGAUAAUAACAAAAAAGAAAAUCUCCACGACUCUCCUCGAACUUCACGAUCCACGACGGUAUCAUCUGCUUCAACUUCGCCAGAAAGACGACCGAACGAUACUCCGGAAGCUUACUUGCGAUCCCCUUCGCAUUCUUCUGCUUCUACAUCACCGUACAGAUGCUUCCCGAAAUCUCCAGAGGUAUUACCGGCGUUUAUGAGCAACCUCCGGCAAGGACUGCAAUCUCAAUUACUCUCUUCUCCUUCGAAUUCUUCGGGACAAGGCUACCUUAAGCAGUUAAACGCAUUGCGUCCUCGUUCACCGCCGUCCGUUUGCUCUUCACCGGAUAAAGCUUCUCACAAAUCACCGGUCACAUCUCCCCGGAAUUCGCAGUCUGCCUCGUCAUCAUCUCUAUCAUCUUCUCCUGAUAGAGAUUUUACCCAUAGCUUAGAUGUAUCUCCACGGAUCUCGAACAUUUCAUCUCAAAUUCUGCAGCCUCCGACGCCUGCAAUCGGAACUCCCCUGGCGCCGCCUCCUCCACCACCACCUCCUCCAUCAUUUCCUUCAUGGACACGUCGGAAUCAAGUGACUCUCAAGGCCUCCCGACCUCCUUCUCUCACGCCGCCUUCAAAUCCUUUUGUGAUCCCAUCUGAAAACUUGCCACAGACUACUCCAAACGAGAUUCCAGAGACGUCCUGUGCCACCGAGCCGUCAGAAGAAACUCCGAAGCCCAAGCUAAAGGCGUUACACUGGGAUAAAGUCAGAGCAAGCUCCGAUCGUGAGAUGGUUUGGGAUCAUCUUCGUUCAAGCUCUUUCAAAUUAGAUGAGGAGAUGAUUGAAACGUUGUUUGUAGCAAAAUCAUUAGACUCCAAACCAAAUCAGAGCCAGACAACUCCAAGAUGUGUUCUUCCAAGCCCGAAGCAAGAAAACAGAGUCUUGGACCCUAAGAAGGCACAGAAUAUUGCAAUCCUGCUUCGCGCACUUAAUGUCACUAUCGAAGAAGUUUGUGAGGCUCUUCUUGAAGGCAAUGCUGAUACACUUGGGACUGAACUUCUUGAGAGCUUACUAAAGAUGGCGCCAACAAAAGAAGAAGAGCGAAAAUUAAAAGCGUACAAGGAUGAUGAUUCUCCGGUUAAGCUUGGACACGCUGAGAAAUUCUUGAAAGCAAUGCUUGACAUUCCCUUCGCCUUCAAAAGAGUCGACGCGUUGCUCUACGUAGCUAACUUCGAAUCCGAAGUUGAAUACCUGAAGAAAUCUUUCGAGACUCUUGAGGCUGCUUGUGAGGAGCUGAGGAACAGCAGGAUGUUCUUGAAGCUAUUGGAAGCGGUUCUAAAGACGGGAAACCGAAUGAACGUUGGGACGAACCGAGGCGAUGCGCACGCGUUUAAGCUCGACACGCUUCUCAAGCUGGUUGAUGUGAAAGGCGCUGAUGGGAAGACGACUCUGUUGCAUUUCGUUGUGCAAGAGAUCAUCCGAGCAGAAGGCACGCGUCUCUCAGGUAGCAGCAACAAUACACAAACAGACGACAUCAAAUGCAGGAAACUCGGACUCCAAGUAGUGUCAAGCCUCUGUUCAGAGCUAAGCAACGUCAAGAAAGCUGCUGCGAUGGACUCGGAGGUGUUAAGCAGUUACGUCUCGAAGCUUUCACAAGGCAUCGCAAAGAUCAACGAAGCGAUCCAAAUCCAAGAAAGCAACAGUGAUCAGAGGUUUUCGGAAUCGAUGAACAUGUUUUUGAGAAGAGCAGAGGAAGAUCUCAUCAGAGUACAAGCGCAAGAGAGCGUAGCGUUGUCUCUCGUGAAAGAGAUCACAGAGUAUUUCCAUGGGAACUCGGCGAAAGAAGAAGCGCAUCCGUUUCGGAUUUUCUUGGUGGUUAGAGAUUUCCUUGGAGUUGUAGAUAGAGUCUGCAAAGAAGUAGGGAUGAUUAACGAGAGGACCAUGGUUAGCUCUGCUCAUAGGUUUCCGGUUCCGGUGAAUCCGAUGCUGCCACAGCCUUUACCUGGACUAUGUGGACGGAAGCAGUCUUCUUCUUCUUCCUCUUCAUCGUCUGAUGAUGAACAAAACUCAUCUCAUUAG